GGUCACGCGACAUCUCCAAAGCUUGCCCAACACCCGGGAUUUUCACAACUAAGGAACUCCAUUCCAUACUACGCCGCCUGCCUGAGGAACUACACUUCCCAGCAGGGCCCAGCCAUUCCUCCUUCAGAAUGCCGGAGGGCCCAGAGCUGCACCUGGCCAGCCACUUUGUGAAUGAGAUAUGUAAGGGGCUGGUAUUCGGUGGGUGUGUGGAGAAGUCCUCUGUCAGCCGAAACCCGGAGGUGCCCUUUGAGAGCAGUGCCUACCACAUCUCAGCCUUAGCCCGAGGCAAGGAGCUGCGCUUGACAUUGAGCCCCCUGCCUGGGUCCCAGCCCCCUCAGAAACCACUGUCCCUUGUCUUCCGCUUUGGUAUGUCUGGAUCCUUCCAGCUGGUACCCGCAGAAGCACUGCCGCGCCACGCCCAUCUACGUUUCUAUACGGCCCCACCUGCCCCCCGGCUUGCCCUUUGCUUCGUAGACAUCCGCCGCUUUGGCCACUGGGACCCUGGAGGUGAAUGGCAGCCAGGCCGUGGACCCUGUGUCUUGUUGGAGUAUGAACGGUUCAGAGAGAACGUGCUUCGGAACCUAUCGGACAAAGCCUUUGACCGGCCCAUCUGCGAGGCCUUGUUGGACCAGAGGUUCUUCAAUGGAAUCGGCAACUAUCUGCGGGCAGAGAUCUUGUAUCGGCUGAAGAUCCCCCCUUUUGAGAAGGCCCGUACAGUUCUAGAGGCCCUGCAACAGUGCCGGCUGAGCCCAGAGCUGACCCUGAGCCAGAAGGUCAAGGCCAAACUGCAGAACCCAGACCUGCUGGAACUGUGUCACUUGGUGCCCAAGGAAGUGGUUCAGCUGGGGGGCAAAGGCUAUGGGCCAGAGCGUGGAGAGGAAGAUUUUGCUGCCUUUCGAGCCUGGCUUCGGUGCUAUGCCGUGCCAGGCAUGAGCUCCCUGAGAGACCGGCAUGGCCGUACCAUUUGGUUCCAGGGUGAUCCUGGACCCUUGGCACCCAAAGGGGGCAGAUCCCGAAAAAAGAAGUCACAGGAAACACAGCUGGAGGCUGAGGACAGAAAAGAGGACCCUCCAAGCAAGUCCAUUUCCAGGACUCGGAGGGCCAGGAAGCACCGUCCUAAGAAUGUACCUCAACAGUCUGAAGGGGCCAGCCUCCCACAAAACCUGGAAACCCCUACAGUCCCUGAGAAAGGAAAGAGAAGGGGGAGACGGGCGAGCACAGGUGAGCUGUUUUCAGCAUCCUCCUUGAGCUGGGAAGAGAGAGCCAGGGAGUGGCUCAUCAGGGAGGAUGGGAGGUAAGGCAGGGCCAACAGGGGGAGGACACAAAGCCACUGCCUCACCUGCCCUCCCCACAGGUCGCCGCAGAGGACCAAAGAGUAAGCCUGAUACUCAACCCAGGGAGGCUGGGGAGAUUUCAGCCUCAUAGGUGGAGGUAUCCUUCCCUGAUGCCUUGCUAUCAAUCUAGGGGAAUGUCUGAAUCCCUAGAAGCAGUAUUUGUAGGGCUACAUGCCCUGGGUCCUGUGAUUUUUUUUUCCUGCACAACUGUUUUCUGAGGUGGGGUCUCCUAUGUCCUAUCCUUGAAUCCAUAUGUACCUGAAGAUGACAUUGAACUCCUCCUGUUUGAUCUUCCUGCUUCAUUUCCAUGGUCACUGGGAUUUGCAGGUGUGAGCUGAGCCACCACACCCUGCUGAUUUGCUACUGUUUAUUUUCUCAAGACAAGGGUUUCUCUGUGUAGCCCUGGCUGUCCUAGAACUCAUGUUGUAGACCAAAUUGGCCUCAAGCUCUGAGAUCUGCCUGCUUCUGCCUCCCAAAGUGUUGGAAAUGUAUGCUAUCUCAAGUGAAAACCAUUAUCAAAUUAAUAAAUUUGAACUUCUCAGUGC